UUCAUGGCAGGCUUUUCAGGGAGCUUGAGUCUGGGGCCUCUGAGCCUCCACAGCAUCCCCCAAUCCCUGUACAGCAUCUUCUUAAUAGUGAUGGUCAUGAUGAGCUUGGUGUUUGGUAAGCUCGUUCCUGACAAUCCGGGACCCCCUCAACCACCUCAUCUCCCCAAAUACCUGCGUUGCUAUAGAUGUCUCUUUGAAACCAAGGAGUUGGGAUGCCUUCUGGGAUCAGACAUCUGCCUCACUCCAGUUGGCAGCAGCUGCUUCACUCUGCAUAUAAAGAACAGCAGUGGUUCUGACAUCUUGGUGAAUGACUGCCGCAGCCAGGAACAGAUGAGUGAUUGUUCAUAUACUCAUUCUUCUCCUGUGUCUGGCUUCUGGAUAUACUCUCAAUGCUGCUUCCUGGACUUCUGCAACGACCCUAAAAAUAAAGUACUCUAACAUUCAUUAGAAGCACUACCAAGAACCUUGGAGAAAACUGCCAGUUUCCUGCCACCCUUCUGAUUUCUACCUGGGUUCAGCCAGGGAAACUUACAAUUUCUUAUACUACCCCUCCCUGCCUUCCUCAAGUCACUACCCCAGACUGGACUUUUCUCCUCUUGGUUAAUUCUCCCCUACUCCCACUCUGCC